CAUAGGCAGCCAUCGCGCUUUGCAGUUCGAAGUAGACGGGUGUAGGGCGGUCGCCAGGUGAGGAAUUGCGCUCUCUCCAUUCGCAGCUGAAACUCUGACCUCAUUGGCCCGAAGAACCAAACUCAUUAGGAACGUAAGGUAUUUGGUGCAUUGGGCAAAACGAGACUCUAUAUAAGAUUUGGAUAUGUCCUUCAUAUUUGACUGGAUUUACAGUGGUUUCAGCAGUGUGCUACAGUUUUUAGGAUUAUAUAAGAAAACCGGUAAAUUGGUAUUUCUUGGAUUGGAUAAUGCAGGAAAAACAACAUUGCUACACAUGCUAAAAGAUGACAGGCUUGGACAACAUGUCCCAACGUUACAUCCCACUUCAGAAGAACUAACCAUUGCUGGCAUGACCUUUACAACUUUUGAUUUGGGUGGACAUGUUCAAGCUCGAAGAGUGUGGAAAAACUACCUUCCUGCUAUCAAUGGCAUUGUAUUUCUGGUGGAUUGUGCAGACCAUGAAAGGCUGUUAGAAUCAAAAGAAGAACUUGAUUCACUAAUGACAGAUGAAACCAUUGCUAAUGUGCCUAUACUAAUUCUUGGGAACAAGAUUGACAGACCUGAAGCCAUCAGUGAAGAGAGGUUGCGAGAGAUGUUUGGUUUAUAUGGUCAGACAACAGGAAAGGGCAAUGUAUCUCUUAAAGAACUGAAUGCCCGACCCUUAGAAGUUUUCAUGUGCAGCGUGCUCAAAAGGCAAGGCUACGGAGAAGGUUUCCGUUGGAUGGCACAAUACAUUGAUUAACAACCACCUGCAUCGGUUCCAGGUCUCACCAUUCAGGCCUACUCAGAGAUUUGAUCCACUCAACAUGCAUAACUUGAAUUCAAUAGACUUUUGUUGGUUAGAAAACAUGUUUUUUAGAUUAUUAAUAUUUUAUCAACUUAAUUUGAGUGCAAAUUGAAAACUGAUUCAAGUAAGUUUGAGUAUCACAAUGUUAGCUUUCUAAUUCCAUAAAAAUAGUUUAUACAGUUUAUAAUCUGACAUUAUCCCCAGCGCCAUUUAUAAAGAACAACUUUCCAGCAGUACAUUUGAAGCACUUUUUAACAACGUGAAGCUACAAAUAUAAACCAUGUUUAAAAGCUCAUCAUGUUAAAUUUUUAUGUACUAUUUUGGAACUAGUUUUUAAAUUUUAGAUUAUAUGUCCACCUGUCUUAAGUGUACAGUUAAUAAUUAGCUUAUUGAUGAUUGCAUGAUGCCUUACAGUUUUCAAUAAUAUUUUUUCUUAUGCAAACGUCAUGCAAUAAAACACACCCUGAUGUUUGGCA